AUGGACAAGACAAAGCUUCUUGAAUUCCAAGAGAAGAUCCAUGAAAGACUCGCGAUCACUCCCACUCUCCCACCAAUCUCUUCUCCUUCUUCUCACUCUUCCAAAAUGGUGGGGAGAGUGAUAUACCCGAUUAAUUACGGAGCUGACCCAACAGGUGGACAAGACAGUAGUGACGCAAUACUCGAAGCUUUAACCGAUGCUUUUCAGUUACAAACUGGGCUUCAGAUGCUGCCACGUGUCGCCGAUCUAGGAGGUCUUAUUAUUGAUCUUCAAGGUGGCAGUUACAAGAUCGGAAAACCUCUCAGGUUCCCUUCCUCCGGUGGCGGAAAUCUCGUGGUAAAAGGAGGGACUUUCCGAGCAUCGGAAGUGUUUCCCGGUGAUCGGCAUUUGGUCGAGCUCGUACCAUCGAACUCCGUGAAACAAACGGAAAUCUCGCCGGAGGAUUCUUUCUCCGAUCAGAAAGACCAGGACUCCGGGAUCGUCUACGAAGACGUGACCUUCCAAGGCGUGCUCUUCGACUCAAGCUUCAGAGGAGGGGGUAUAUUGGUAAUUGACUCAGCUCGUAUCCGUAUAACCAAUUGCUACUUCCUUCAUUUCACAACACAGGGGAUUAAAGUCCAAGGAGGUCACGAAACAUACAUUUCAAACUCCUUCUUGGGUCAACAUUCAACGGUAGGCGGAGACAAACAAGAAAGAGAAUUCUCCGGGACAGGAAUCGACAUCUCGAGCAACGACAACGCCAUAACCGACGUCGUGAUUUUCUCGGCGGGAAUCGGUAUCUCGUUGAGCGGUGGUGCGAACAUGGUCACGGGAGUGCAUUGCUAUAACAAAGCUACAUGGUUCGGUGGAAUCGGCAUCUUAGUGAAAUCUCAUUUAACGAGGAUAGACAACUGUUACCUUGAUUACACAGGUAUAGUCAUUGAAGAUCCUGUUCACGUUCAUGUCACAAACGCUCUCUUCUUGGGAGAUGCGAACAUCGUGUUGAGAUCGGUACACGGGAAGAUCUCAGGGGUGAACAUCGUCAAUAACAUGUUUAGUGGGACUCCUAAAAACAAUUUCCCGAUCGUGAAGCUAGAAGGAGAGUUUCACGAGAUUGAUCAAGUUGUGAUUGAUCAGAACAAUGCGGAAGGGAUGAUGUUGAAAUCAACGACCGGGAAAGUGAAGGUUUCAGCGAAUGGGACGAGAUGGGUCGCUGAUUUUGGCCCGGUUUUGGUAUUCCCAAACCGGAUAAACCAUUACCAGCAUUCGUUUUUGGCUCAAUCAGGGGAGAUUCCUGCGAAUGCAGUGACUAAUGUUUCAAACAAUGUGGUAGUUGUAGAGACCGAUAGGGCUGUAACUGGAACCGUGUCAGUCAUUAAGAAGACAGAAAUCAAGAAAGACAAAAUGAGACUCCGUUGCUUGGUUUGCUUGUUACUGUUUCUCCUAACAAUGUCAAUGGAGUUUGAAGAGACAUUAUCCUUCAGAAGAAGAGAUAUGACAAAGCUUUCAGAAUACCAAGACAAGAUCCAAGAAAGACUCAUGAUCACUCCCACUCUCCCACCAUUGUCUUCUCCUUCUUCGCACUAUCCCAAAAUCGUGGGGAAGGUGAUAUACCCGAUUGGUUACGGAGCUGAUCCGACAGGUAGACAAGACAGUAGUGACGCAAUACUAGAAGCUUUAACCGAUGCUUUUCAGUUGCGGACCGGGCUUCACAUGAUGCCACGUGUAGCCGAUCUAGGAGGUCUAGUUAUUGAUCUCCAAGGUGGCAGUUACAAGAUCGGAAAACCUCUCAGGUUCCCUUCCUCCGGCGGAGGAAAUCUCGUGGUAAAAGGCGGGACUUUCAGGGCAUCGAACGUGUUUCCAGGUAACAGACAUUUGGUCGAACUCGUACCACCAAACUCUGGGAUCUUCUUUGAGGAUGUGACCUUUCGAGACAUUCUAUUCGACUCGAGCUUCCGAGGAGGAGGUAUUUUGGCAAUCGACUCAGCUCGUAUACGUAUAACCGAUUGCUACUUCCUCCAUUUCACAACACAGGGGAUUAACGUCAAGGGAGGUCACGAGACAUAUAUUUCAAACACCUUCUUGGGGCAACAUUCAACUGUAGGAGGAGACCAGCAAGAAAAAGAGUUUUCCGGGACAGGAAUCGACAUCUCCAGUACCGAUAACGCCAUAACAGACGUAGUGAUUUUCUCGGCUAGGAUCGGUAUCUCUUUGAGUGGCGAGGCGAACAUGGUCACGGGGGUGCAUUGCUACAAUAAAGCCACAUGGUUUGGUGGAAUCGGCAUUCUAGUGAAAUCGCGUUUAACGAGGAUAGACAACUGUUACCUUGAUUACACAGGUAUAGUCAUCGAAGACCCUGUUCACGUUCAUGUCACAAACUCUCUCUUCAUAGGAGAUGCUAACAUCGUCCUGAGAUCAGCACGCGGGAAGGUCUCCGGGCUAAACAUCGUCAACAACAUGUUUAGCAGUACCUCGGGGAAAAAUUUCCCGAUCGUCAAGGUGAAAGGAAAGUUUCACGAGGUUGAUCAAGUUGUGAUUGAUCAGAACAAUGCAUCAGGGAUGAGGCUGAAAUCAACAACCGGGAAGUCAAAGGUUUCUUCCGCAAACGGGACAAGAUGGGUCGCUGACUUUAACCAUGCCUUGGUAUUCCCAAACCGGAUAAACCAUUACCAGCAUUCGUUUUUGGCUCAAUCCGGACAGAUUCCUGCGAAUGCAGUGACCAAGGUUUCAAACAAUGUGGUAGUUGUAGAAACCGAUAGAGCUGUAACUGGAACCGUAUCAGUCAUUGUCUAUCAGUAG